CUACCUGCAUUCUCGAUGGACGGUGACUAUGUUAUUGGGGGUUCUUUCGCAAUACACUACUACAUGCACACUGUGAAGCAUAACUACACCAUCCUGCCAGAGCCACUCAGGUGCACGGGGAGCAUGGACUCCCGUGAACUGCGCUUCGCACGCGCAAUGACCUUCGCCGUCGAGGAGAUUAACAACAGCACCGAGCUGCUGCCGGGCAUCAAACUAGGUUACAAGAUCUACGACUCCUGCGCCUCUGUGCCUGUGGCUGCGCACGUGGCAUUCCAACUGUCAAAUGGCCCGGAGCCGGUGUUUUACCCAGGUGAAAAUUGCUCACAAUCUGGCAUGGUAGUGGCUGUAGUUGGAUCAUCAGGGUCCACGCCUUCCAUCAGUGUGUCCCGCAUUAUCGGCUCCCUCAACAUCCCUCAAGUGAGCCACUUUUCCACGUGUGCAUGCCUGUCGGAUAAGCAGCAGUACCCAAAUUUCUUCAGAACAAUUCCCAGUGACCAGUUCCAGGCUGACGCGCUGGCCAAGCUGGUCAAACACUUUGGCUGGACUUGGAUCGGUGCUGUCAGGUCGGAUUCGGACUAUGGUAAUAAUGGCAUGGCGUCUUUUCUGAAUGCAGCGCGCAAGGAGGGAAUCUGUGUGGAGUACUCUGAAUCUUUCUACCGGACCAACCCACAGAGCAAGGUCCAGAGAGUGGCUAAUGUUAUCCGCAGGUCAACAGCUCUUGUGGUUGUGGCAUUUUUAGCCUCUGGAGACAUGAAAAUCCUGCUGGAGGAGCUGUCUCUCAAGCCCUCUCCACCUCGCCAGUGGAUAGGCAGCGAGUCCUGGGUAACCGCCCCUGAAAUGCUGAGCUACAGCUUCUGUGCUGGAGCCAUUGGAUUUGGCAUUCAAAAAUCUGUCAUCCCAGGUUUCAGAGACUUUUUGCUGGAUCUCUCUCCCACUGAGGUUGCUCUCUCUCCACUGCUUACUGAGUUUUGGGAAGGUGCAUUCAAAUGCAGGCUGGGAAAAAAUGCAGCUGAAGAUGACAGUGUGUGUGAUGGCACUGAAGACAUACAAACCCUUAAGAGCCCGUACACGGACACAUCUUAUCUUCGAAUCAGCAACAUGGUGUAUAAGGCUGUUUAUGCGAUAGCACAUGCUAUUCAUAAUGCAGUGUGUGAGAACAGAAAUGCUACAAUUCAGUGUGACACAUUCACCAGGGCGGAUUCUCAACAGAUUCUUACCCAGCUAAAGAAAGUCAAUUUUUCCAAAAAUGGUUACCAUGUUUCAUUUGAUGCCAAUGGGGAUCCUGUUGCCCUGUAUGAGCUGGUGAACUGGCAGAGAGGUGAGAGUGGCAGCAUGGAGUUAGUGACAGUGGGACACUAUGAUGCAUCACUGCCUGUGGGCAAGGAGUUCCACAUCAGCAGGAAUGUCUCCUGGAUGGGGACUAGAACACAAGUGCCUGUGUCAGUAUGCACUAACAGCUGUCCUAAAGGAACUCGUAAAGUGCUGCAGAAAGGGAAGCCCAUCUGCUGUUAUGAUUGUGUACCCUGUCCCGAAGGAGAGAUUAGCAACGCUACAGAUUCCUCUGAUUGUUUCCCUUGCCCCAAGGAGUUCUGGCCUAAUAAAGAGAGAAACACCUGUUUCCCCAAGCCUGUAGAGUUUCUUUCCUUCAAUGAGGUUCUGGGAAUCAUCCUGGCUACGUUCUCAGUCGGUGGUGCCAGUCUUGCCAUUAUAACAGCGGCUGUGUUCCUUCGUCACAGAAACACCCCAAUAGUCAGAGCCAACAACUCUGAGCUGAGCUUCCUGCUGCUCUUUUCUCUGACUCUGUGUUUCUUAUGUUCGCUAACUUUCAUUGGAGCGCCCUCAGAGUGGUCCUGCAUGCUGAGGCACACAGCGUUUGGCAUCACCUUCGUCCUCUGCAUCUCUUGUGUUCUUGGAAAAACUAUAGUAGUGUUAAUGGCCUUCAGAGCCACACUCCCAGGCAGUAAUGUCAUGAAAUGGUUUGGUCCUCCACAGCAAAGACUGACUGUAGUGUUUUUCACUUUUAUUCAGGUGUUAAUAUGUACUAUUUGGUUAAUACGCAGUCCCCCUUUUCCAGUGAAAAACCUAACCAUAUACAAGGAGAGGAUCAUCCUUGAGUGUGCAUUAGGUUCAGCUGUUGGAUUCUGGGCUGUACUGGGGUACAUCGGCCUGCUGGCUGUCUUUUGCUUUGUAUUAGCUAUCUUAGCUCGUAAACUACCAGAUAAUUUUAAUGAAGCCAAGUUAAUCACUUUUAGCAUGCUGAUAUUCUGCGCAGUAUGGAUCACAUUUAUCCCUGCGUAUGUCAGCUCUCCUGGGAAGUUCACUGUAGCUGUGGAGAUAUUUGCCAUUCUUGCCUCCAGUUUUGGUCUCAUACUGUGUAUAUUUGCCCCAAAGUGUUUCAUCAUAUUGUUUAAGCCAGAGAAAAACACUAAGAAACAUUUAAUGAACAAAUAAUAAUUCAAUGGCAUCUGAACAUUGGACAUAUACUUAGGGCCUGUCUCCACAAACAACACUUUU